AUGGCAACAAGUACAACAAUAUCAUCUAAUAAUAUUUCUACUUCCUCUUCAUCACCAUCUACAACUGAUGCAACAUUAAUAAUGCCAACUGUUGAACGUAUAAUGAAAACCAUUCCAUGUCCACCAAAUUCACGUUUAACAGCUUAUGAUGUAUUCGAUUCACGUGGAAAACCUCGUGUUGAUGUAUUGAAAACACAUUUUAUUUCUGAAGGACGUGUAACUGAAGAUGUAGCACUUAAAAUAAUUGAAGAUGGUGCAAAAUUAUUACGACAAGAAAAAACUAUGAUCGAUGUUGAAGCACCAAUAACUGUAUGUGGUGAUGUUCAUGGACAAUAUUUUGAUUUAAUGAAAUUAUUUGAAGUUGGUGGUUCACCAGCUACAACUCGUUAUUUAUUCCUUGGAGAUUAUGUUGAUAGAGGUUAUUUUAGCAUUGAAUGCGUUCUUUAUUUAUGGUCAAUGAAAAUUCUUUAUCCUACAACAUUUUUUCUUCUUCGUGGUAAUCAUGAAUGUAGACAUUUAACAGAAUAUUUUACUUUUAAAACUGAAUGUAAAAUUAAAUAUACAGAACGUGUAUACAAUGCAUGUAUGGAAGCAUUCGAUUGUUUACCACUUGCUGCUCUUAUGAAUGGACAAUUUUUAUGUGUACAUGGUGGUCUUUCACCAGAAAUUCAUACACUUGAUGAUAUUAAAAGACUUGAUCGUUUUAAAGAACCACCACCCUAUGGACCUAUGUGCGAUUUAUUAUGGUCUGAUCCACUUGAAGAUUAUGGUUCUGAACGAACUACAGAACAGUAUAGUCACAAUACAGUACGAGGAUGUUCGUAUUUUUAUAGUUAUGCUGCGUGUUGUGAUUUUUUACAAAAUAAUCAAUUAUUAUCAAUAAUUCGUGCUCAUGAAGCCCAAGAUGCAGGUUAUCGUAUGUAUAAAAAAUGUCAGAGUACCGGUUUUCCAAGUUUAAUUACAAUAUUUUCUGCUCCAAAUUAUCUUGAUGUUUAUAAUAAUAAAGCUGCUAUACUUAAAUAUGAAAAUAAUGUGAUGAAUAUUCGUCAAUUUAAUUGUUCACCUCAUCCAUAUUGGUUACCAAAUUUUAUGGAUGUAUUUACAUGGAGUUUACCAUUUGUUGGUGAAAAAGUUACUGAAAUGCUUGCUAAUGUUCUUAAUAUUUGUUCGGAUGAAGAAUUAGAAAAUCCAAAUACACCAAUUGAUGAUGUUGAUACGACAAAUGAAGCCGCCUUAGCAGCACGCAAAGAAGUGAUACGUAAUAAAGUACGAGCUGUUGGUAAAAUGGUUCGUUAUUUUGCAACAUUAAGAGAACAAAGUGAAGAUAUUCUAACAUUAAAAGGAUUAACACCAAGUGGUCAAUUACCAUUAGGAACACUUGAAGGUGGUAAAACAGCUAUUGAUCAAGCUAAACAAUUAAUUGCUAAUAAAAAGAAAAUAUCAUUUGAAGAAGCAAAACGUUUAGAUAAAAGUAAUGAAAGUAUGCCACCAUGGCAACAACUUCAUCCAUCAUCAUCUGGUCUUACAUCGGGUAUUGGUUCAAGUGGUACAGCAUCAUCAAAUAGUGGUACAUCAUCACCACGUAGUGUUGGAACAUCAAAUGUAUCAUCAUCAUCUGUAACACAUGCCACUGCAUCAUCAUCAUCAUCAUCACAACCAGUUAAUACAUUAGCUGAUGCAUCAUCAGGUGUAACAACAAAUUUAUUAAUGGAUUCAACAAAUACAAAUUGUAAUGGUAAUGAUAAAACAUCUGGAAAAACUACAAAUCAACAAUCAUCAUCAUCAUCAUCAUCACAUCAACGAACGAAGUGA